AUGCAACAUGCUGGUGAACCUUUCCGUGCCCCGGUGAAUAGCACUCAGAUUUCUGCAUUGUCGUGGACGGAGCUUGAAGAAACUCAACACCUGGAUGAUCAUAUUCUGUUGGUAAAGAGAUGGGUAUUGAAUGGUCUAAGACCAGAUGCGAAACCAAAAGCUGCUAGCCCGAUG